AUUAUAACAUAUAUAUAUAGGAAUGUCUUUGAAAGAUUUUUAACUGCUAUCUAAAUUAGGUAAGAAAUAUAUUAUAGAUCUAAUUAGGUGAGGGAGCUUAUUCAUCAGUAUAUAAGGUUAAAAGAUUAGAGGACUCUUAAGAAUAUGCUUUAAAGAAAGUAAAAUUAUAGAACUUGAACGAUAAAGAAAAAUAAAAUGCUAUGAAUGAAGUUCGUAUUUUGGCAUCUGUCAAGCACCCAAAUAUUAUCAGUUAUAAAGAAGCUUUUAUUGAUAUCCAAAGUAAUUCAUUAUGGUAAAAUACUAUAAUAUUUUACUGUUAGUAUUGUCAUGGAAUUUGCAGACGGUAGUGAUUUGUACUAGAAAAUUGUUAGCUAAAAGAAAAAUGGAAAAUAGAUAGAGGAACAAAUAAUUUGGAAUAUUUUUAUAUAAAUAGUGAGGGGAUUGAAAGCAUUACAUGAAUUAAAAAUAUUACACAGAGAUUUAAAAGUAAAAUAUACAAAAUAAUAAAGAGUGCAAAUGUAUUUUUAUAUUAGAAUGGGGAUGUAAAAUUGGGAGAUAUGAAUGUUUCUAAAGUUGCAAAAAAAGGAUUGUUGUACACAUAAACAGGAACACCAUUUUAUGCAAGUCCUGAAGUGUGGAAAGAUUAACCAUAUGAUUAGAAAUCAGAUAUAUGGAGUUUAGGUUGUGUAGUAUAUGAGAUGGCAGCAUUAAAGCCGCCAUUUUAAGCAGAAGAUAUGGAAGGAUUAUAUAAGAAAGUUAUAAGAGGAUAUUAUCCAAGAAUCUCAUAAAAUUAUUCAUAAGAUCUUAGCAAUGCUAUAAGAUCUAUGUUAUAAGUAUAACCACAUUUGCGACCAAAUUGUGAGAAAUUAUUAUAAUUUCCAUCUUUAUUAAAAAGAUAGGAUGAAUUACCAAAAUAAGAAUAGACAGAUAAUGAACCUAAUACAUUAUUAUCUACAAUUAAGUUUCCAAAGAAUUAUCAUUAUUUUACAUCAAUGCUUCCUAAACCUUGUUAUGAAUGUAUUAAUAGAAAAUAAAUUAAAUCAUUACAUUCUUAAUAAGCUAGUCCAAAUCCAAGAUCAUUAAUGAGUGUGAAUGGAAGUUAUGAAGAUGUAAGUAGUUAAAAGUCUAUUGAUAAAAAGGAUCAUAUAAAAAAUAAUCGUAAAGCAUAACCAGAUGUAUUAUUAAUUUUAGAAUAAUAUAAUAAGGUAUGUAAUUAUAAAUUGAUAGAUGAUAAGUAAAUAAGAAAACCAAUAAUGAAAGUUAGACCUAAUAGACAUUAAAGUUAAGAAGAAGUGAGUCUUUUGGAAGUUAUAACACAACAUUAAUCUAAAAUCUCUUUAGAGAAUAAUAGAUUACCAAUUUUAGAUGAAAUAUCACCAAAUAAGAGAAAGAUUAGACCAAAUAAACAUAGAAAUUAAAGUUUACCUAAUGCAAAUUUACUCCCACUAAUAUAAGCAGGUGUAUUAAAAUGA